AUGUUCAACGCAUUCAACGGGCUGUCCUCGUCCGGAGCCGGCUACAUCGGGGAAAUGGAGCAGAUCAUCAGCCAAUUGGAGAGGGGCACUUUGGUGCACAAGUACUCCUGGCGGAAGAAGCCCGAGCGCAAGACGCUGGCCAUACGGAGGGAAACCAAACAGCUGAUUUGGACCAGGCCGGCCUCCAACUCGAAACCCUCCUACGACGGGGCGCUCAAUCUGAGCGAGGUGAAGGAGAUCAGACAGGGCACGGGGAGCAAGGACUUCGAGAAGUGGCCCGACGAGGCCAAGAAGAUCGAAAGCAAAUGCUUCGUUAUUUACUACGGGAUGGAGUUUAAGUUGAGAGUUUUGAGCAUAGCCGCUCUAUCGGAGGUGGAAUGCGAACGAUGGCUGAAGGGAUUGAAGUAUUUGGUCAAUGACACGAUCAAAGCACCGUACCCGUUGCAAAUCCAAAAUUGGCUGCGCAGGGAGUUUUAUUCGAUGGAAGGUUCCAGGGAAAGUGUAACGUUGAAAGAUUUGAAAUCCUUCUUCCCGAAGAAACUAUCCAACAAUAAACUGAGGGAAUUGUUCAGCGAAGUCGAUACGAGGAAACGCGGCGAAAUCGGAUUCGACGAUUUCGCCAAUCUGUACCAAAAAAUAAUCUUCGAAGAAGGCAAAGCCCACGAGCUCUUCGACAAAGUCUCGGAGUAUUCCUCGAACGGCAACACCAUCAACCUGCCGGAAAUGGUCAGUUUCCUGAUCAACGAUCAGGAGGAUCAGCUCGGCAACGACGAGCGCGCGGUGUCGCAGUUCAUCUGCGAUUUCCUCAAGGACCCGCAGCGGGAGGUGCAAGAACCCCAUCUCACCGUCUCCGAGUUCCUCGACUUUCUCUUCUCCAAGCAAAACGAGCUGUGGGACAGUCGAAAAGAUGCCGUGUACCACGACAUGUCGAGGCCGCUGUCCCACUACUGGAUAUCGUCCUCUCACAACACUUAUUUAACGGGCGAUCAGUGGUCGAGCGAGUCCUCGACGGAGGCGUACGUGAGGUGCCUGCGAAUGGGUUGCCGGUGCAUCGAAUUGGAUUGCUGGGACGGGCCGGACGGCUAUCCGUUCAUCUAUCACGGGCACACGUUGACCACCAAAAUCAAAUUCAUGGAUGUGAUCAAGACGAUCAAAGAGCACGCCUUCGCCGCUUCCGAUUACCCGGUGAUCCUAUCGAUCGAAGACAACUGUACGUUGCCGCAACAGAAGAAGAUGGCCUCGGCCAUGCAGGAAGUGUUCGGCGACAUGUUGCUGACGCAACCGUUGGAAUCCAACGAAUCGAAGCUGCCGUCGCCGUUCGCGCUGCGCCGCAAGAUCAUCCUGAAGCACAAGAAGCUGCCCGACGGCCAGGACGAAUCGUCCUCGAUGCCCGUGCGCAACGACGCCGCCGACAUGGACCUCAGGAAUUCCACCAAGAACGGCAUCAUGUACCUCGAGGAUCGCGUCGACAAGGAGUGGAAUCCGCACUUCUUCGUGCUCACGCAAUCGAAGCUGUUCUAUUUCGACAGUUACAAGUUGAACGCCGGCGACGCCGAACGGUCCGAGGACGAGGAGGACGGCGGCGGCGCCUCCUUUCAUCGGCCGAAGAACCACAACGUGCCCAACGAGGAGUUGCACUUCGGCGAGAAGUGGUUCCACGGGAAGCUGGAGAAGGGCAGAGAGGAGGCCGAGCAACUGUUGAGGGCCUAUUCGCAUUUGGGAGACGGUACGUUCCUGGUGAGAGCGAGCGUGACGUUCGUCGGCGAGUACUGCCUGUCGUUUUGGCGCAACGGCCAGGUGAACCAUUGCAGGAUCCGUUCGAAGCAGGACCGCCAGCAGACCAAGUACUACUUGAUCGACGCCAAGUACUUCGACAGCUUGUACAGCCUCAUAACGCACUAUCGCGCCUCGCCGUUGGUCACCGCCGAGUUUUCGAUCACGCUGCAGGAACCGGUACCGCAGCCGAAUCUGCACGAGAACGAGGAGUGGUACCACAAGAACACGGGCAAGACGCAGGCCGAGGAGAUCCUGCGCAGGGAGAAGAUCGAAGGGGCUUUUCUAGUCAGACCCAGCGAGAACGACGUCAAUUGCUACACUAUUAGUUUUAGAGCGGACAAGAAAAUAAAGCACUGCAGGAUAAAAUUGGAAGGACGAUUGUACACGAUCGGCAACGUGGAAUUCGAAAGUUUAGUGCAAUUGAUCAACUACUAUCAAACCUACCCUUUGUACAAACGCGUCAAUUUGAGCCAUCCAAUCAGCGAAGAAAAAGUGCGAAGAAUGGCGGUGGAGCAAAACGACGCCUCGGCGUACGCGACGCCCUCCUACAUGGACCCCAGCAGCAUCAAUUCGAACGUCGCCGCCAUCGCGGUGCGCGACUACAUGGCGUCGCGCGACGACGAGCUGUCCUUCUGCAAGCACGCCAUCAUCACCAACGUCACCAAGACCACCGACGCCGACGGCUGGUGGAAGGGCGACUACGGCGGCCUCAGGCAGCGCUACUUUCCCUCGUCCAGCGUCAGGGAAAUCGAUCGAUCCGACACCCAAGACAUCGACGAAUCCUCUGGAGAGCCGGCGUUGCAGGGAAGCCUGGAUAUGAACGGCGUGUACGUGACUUACGGAAGAAAUCCCGGACAAACUAUGGAAUGGAUAAUCAGGAUAAAUCCUACGACGGCUUGUCCCGCGUUAGAAUGCGGCGUGCAAACGGAGGAAAUCGCGCACGAAUGGUGUUCGGCGAUCAAAGACGUCUCGCAGAAGGCGUCGCGUAUGGAAACGCAACACCGCGAAAUGGAAAGGGCCUUCAAGAUCGCCAAGGAAAUGUCGAAUUUGAUCAUCUACUGUCAAUCGACCACGUUCAAUAUGGACAAGAUCAAGAACCACGGGUUCCUCUUCUACGAGAUGUCCUCGUUUCCCGAGAACAAAGCCGAGAAGCUGAUAUGCCAGCAGGAGAAGCGGUUCUUUUUGAAGUACCACCACUACCAAUUCUCGCGGGUGUACCCGAAAGGCCAGAGGAUCGAUUCGUCGAAUUACAAUCCGAUAAACAUGUGGAAUUGCGGUUCGCAAAUGGUGGCGUUGAAUUUCCAAACGGGCGACAGGCCGAUGCAACUCAACCAGGCGAAGUUUCGCGACAACGGAAAUUGCGGUUAUCUUCUGAGGCCGGAGUUUAUGUUCCGCGAAGAUUUCGAUCCGAACGAUAAGAGCUCUUUGUUCGGCGUCGAACCGAUGAAGAUAUCGAUCAGGAUCAUCGGCGGGAGGCAUUUGUACAGAUUGAAGAAAGGCACGGCCAGUCCGUUCGUCGAAGUGGAAGUAAUAGGAGCCUCGUACGAUUCCGGCGUGAAGUUGGUCACUAAGCACGUGCUCGAUAACGGAUUGAAUCCCAAAUGGAACGAGGAAAUUUGCGAAUUUAUCGUGACGAAUCCGCAUUUCGCGCUGCUCAGGUUCCUGGUGCAAGACGAGGACGUGUUCGGAGAGCCCAACUUCAUCGGACAGGCUACUUAUCCGGUGAAUUGCAUAAGAAGCGGAUAUAGAAGCGUUUGGUUGAAGAAUUCCUACAGCGAGGAUCUCGAAUUGUCUUCUUUGUUGAUACACAUAAGUAUUAAACCGGUAUCGAUAAGUUAA